GUCCUUGUCUUGCAUUAGUCCCUCAGGUAAAGGUGACUCUUACUCCGUACAUUCCAGCACUUCAUUCUUCUCUGGUCUUACCUUCUUCUAAUCACUCCUCACCCCUUCCUCUCUCUUCAAAGAAAUCACAUACUACAACACACUCAUCCUGUACUAUCAUGAUCGUGUCUACUAGCGAUACAGCCCGCUGGGCAGAGUUCCUCCGUCAGAACGAGGGCGUCGAGUUCGUCUGGCUGCAGUAUAUUACCUACAGCGCGACGGCCAUUGUGCAAAUCAUGCCGGUCAAUCGAUUCACCCAGUUGAUUCAAGACGGCCAGAGCCUCCCGAUCACCAAGGCCAUAUACCAUUUACUCCCUGGGGACAUCCUGGCCGACGGCGCCUUACCCAGUGGCGCGUGCCACCUCAAACCCGACCUCUCGACGUUAUACCGCCAGCGGGGCUCGAACUCCCACCGAGCGGUGGUGAUGACAUCCAGUCUGAACGGCGACGGCACGCCGCUGGCCGAAUGCGCGCGAUCACGACUCGUCCAUCUCACCGAUUUGUUGACGCAGGAGUCGGGAUACUUUCCCCUGGUGGGAUUCGAAAUGGAGGUUGUCUUCCUGCGACGCGUACGUCAGGACGGGAAAGUACACUACGAGUCGCCCAACACGAACCACUCUGUUUUCAGUAUGACGAACGAUGAUAAGAAAGCCCUCGACUUGGUCGAAGAGGUCGUGAGAGCACUUCUAGAGGCGGGGAUCGCGCUGGAGAAAUUCCACGCCGAGUCGGCGCCGGGACAGUGGGAGUUCGUCCUUCCGAAAGACACGCCCGUCAAGGCAGUCGAUACGCUGCUGAAAGCUCGCGCCAUCAUUUCAGACGUCGCAGAAAGAUACGACGUACGGGCGACCAUGCACCCGCGGCUGUUCCCGACCAGCGCCGGGAACGGAAUGCAUACGCACAUCUCCAUCAAUCCGACCGACGGUCAGGACCUCGUCGGUGCGGAACACUUCUUCGCGGGAAUCAUCGAGCAUUUCCCCGCCGUGUUGGCGUUCAAUCUGGCGCAUGAAGCAAGCUAUAGUCGAGUGCAGAGUGGUACCUGGAGCGGCGGGGAGUAUGCCGCCUGGGGCUGGGAGAACAAGGAGAUGCCGCUCCGGCGGAUCACGACUAACCGAUUCGAAGUGAAAUUAUUAGAUGGAUUGGCGAACCCUUACCUGGCACUCAGUGGCAUGCUUGCCGCUGGGAUCGACGGGCUCCGGAAGAAACUCCCUCUGACGGGGGGCGACUGUCGCACAGCUUCUGGGCUUCUUACGGCCGCAGAGAGAGAAGCCUUAGGGAUCAAGACGCCGCUACCAAAGUCGCUGACGGAUAGUCUUGACGCGCUCGAAGCUGAUGACGCAGUGUCGGAGCUUGUAAGCUCGGCAAUUGUGUCUACUUAUCUGGGGGUUAAACGUGGCGAAGUUCGACAUUUCAAGGGCUUGAGUGACGAAGAAACGAAGGAUUAUUUGAUCUCCAAAUACUAGAUCGAGGUUAGAAUAGAUCACGUUGUGUUCUGUGAGAGCAUUGGUCGGAUGGUGAAUAUGUCAACUUGAAUGUAGCAACCAUUUACUCU